AUGAAGAUUGACGGCGAACUGUACCAGAGCUGUGUAGAGCCGGAAUUCGCCCAUAACGCCGCUGGCGGUACCGCGUAUUUCCCGCCUCUGAUCUCGCUGGUACACGUCAAUCGCGGCGGAAGCGACGCGCUUGAGCUUAGGUUGAGGCGGAACUGGCCCACCUACCCGGCCAACGUCAAGGAGAGCAUCGUCCUUGAAGAUGUCAUCAACGUCCUCUGCGGAUCCGAUGGGACGUUAUACCACGUUGAGCAUGGCUCUUACGUGGUACAUCGAAGCCCCAUUCUCGAUCGAAGUUUGUCUCAUCAGUUGCGCCCUAAUCUGGAUGCAGAAAACGACGCCACGCUGUGCAUGAUGGCUGAGGAGAUCCUCGAGCUCGCCGUCAUGCAGCGAAAGGUACAGGACUUCGUCCAGGACAACGAACGCGGGUUCGUGGUGCUGAGCUUGUGCGAAGUCCUCAACGUGCUGCUGCAAGAGCUGCAGAGCCGUAUCGCACAAUUCGAUGAAUCGCAACGCAACGUCGGGAUGGGACUGCAGAGGUUCAAGUUGUACAUCCAACCGGCGAUACAUACAUUCGAGGUACUGCAGGGAGUUGUCGCGAAGAGCCGGAUCACGGGUGCAGCGUUGCUCAAUACGCUCGCAGCCACCUGCCAGCUGUAUGGGACGGGCGAUGCGAGGCGCGGCCUCGCCAACCACCUCAUGAAGCAGGCAAUGGAAGCCUAUUGCCACCUCGUGGACCCGUGGAUCAACUUCGGGGAGCUUUACGACCCGUGCCAGGAAUUUUUCGUCGUGCCCAAGGGCCCCCCAAAGGGGGGGACAUCGGAGGACGAACAGGUAUUUGGCAUAGACUGGGAUAGGGUGCCCAAUGCCAUGAAGGACAUUGCGGAGACGAUACUGAACACUGGAAUGUAUAUCAGGAUAUUGGCCAGGUCCAAGGGUAAGGCCUUGCCGAACUAUCAACCACUGCAAUUCACGUCGGUGGAGGAAUUCAAGGCGCAUGUUGCCACUUUGCACCAGGUUGCUUCCGACGAACUCGUUAAGUACAUCGUCGCGGAUUGCAACCUCAUGGAAAUGCUGGAGUCGGUGCACAGGUUCCUGUUGCUGUCACGUGCGGACUAUGUAACCAACAUCCUUGCCGACAUAGACCACAACACGCUGAACGAAUCCAUCAACCUCAACUUCCAGGAGGCUGUGGCGCAAUCUUCGCUCAGAAACGAUGCCUAUAAGCACUUAUACGUGCUUGAGGUAGUAGACGGGAAUGCGCCACUAGGGCUGAGCGCCAGGUCCGAUAGGGACAUUUCGAAACGGCUUAAGCUGUCCUUCACGGUCGAGUGGCCCAUGCAGAUAUUCUUCAGCGAGGAUGUCAUGGCGAAAUACCAAACUGCGUUUAGUUUCUUCCUGCAAUUGAAGCAAACGGAGCAUGCACUCUCACGCAUUUGGCUGAUGCAUAUGAAGUGGAAGCGCCUGCCGCUGAUGCCAAGCGCGCAGCUCAGGCUAAACUACACCUUCGUCAUCAUCGAACGAAUGCUCUUCCUGUGUCGGAAUAUCGCAUACCUGUGCACGGUUGAGGUCACAGAACGCAACUUCAACCUCCUGCUGCAAACAUACGAGAACCACCUCAAGACCGACAAGGCACAACAGUCGUUCAGCUUCAUCGUGUCACGCCAUCAGCAGUUCGUCGACCAGAUCAUAAAGCGCUGUAUGAUAGAUGACGAGACCAUUGCGCCAUCAAUAAGCCGGGCGCUCUCCUUGUGCAACAUCUUCGCCACGCAGGUGCUGGAGUUCCUCGAGCAGCGCGAAAGCGACAGCGGCGCAACGCGGCAAGCCGAUAGGCACGCUGAGUUGGAACGUGCAACUAAGUUCACCACAGAUCUUCUGCACAACGAGGGUUAUAUCGCCAUGGUGGGGACCGCUUCGCACCAGUUCGACAAGCACCUGCGAGCCCUUCUCGCCCUGCUGCAGGGGGCCGAGGAACGCCACCAAAGCAGCCUGCCGAUGCGGCUCACGUACAACGGGUACUUCACUUGA